CUGAAAGAUAUCCAAGUUUACAAAAAACUGAAGAAUCCCUCUCGAUUCGUAUAUUCAAAACCACCACAUGUAACUGUUUUUUGUGCAGAAAAGUGGUAGUUAAUCGUAUGCAAUUAAAUGGGCAUAAAUUCUAAUAGAGUAGAAAACUUUUCAGGCCCUGCAUGUCUUAAAACCACCACCGGAACCGUCGUCACAAUUCCGUUAGAUAUGGCAAUGCCGCCGUUGCAAGUGCACAAGGUGGCCUUACCACAGCCAAGAACCACCGUGCAGAAACUCCGGCACCGCCUUUCUGAAAUAUUCUUCCCUGAUGAUCCACUUCACAAAUUCACGAACCAAACAUGGUACAGAAAGUUGGUGUUGGGGCUCCAGUUUUUCUUCCCUAUUUUCCAGUGGGCACCGAAUUAUAGUUUUAAAUUGCUCAAGUCUGAUGUUAUUUCGGGGUUAACAAUUGCAAGCCUGGCGAUUCCACAGGGGAUUAGUUAUGCAAAGCUUGCAAAUUUACCACCUAUAGUUGGCCUUUAUUCGAGCUUCAUACCACCUUUGAUAUAUUCAGUUCUUGGGAGUUCUAAGCAUCUUGCAGUCGGUCCUGUCUCAAUAGCAUCUCUAGUCAUGGGCACAAUGCUCAGUGAGUCGGUUUCUUACAGUGAAGAACCAAUUCUUUACCUUCAGCUUGCUUUGACAGCCACUUUCUUCGCUGGAUUAUUUCAAGCCUCCCUCGGUUUUCUAAGGCUAGGAUUUAUUAUCGAUUUUCUCUCGAAGGCAACUCUUGUUGGCUUCAUGGCUGGUGCAGCAGUCAUCGUCGCAUUGCAACAACUGAAAGGGCUAUUUGGGAUAGACCAUUUCACUAACAAGAUGCAACUAAUUCCCGUGUUGUCAUCCGUCUUCCAUCACAGAGAUGAGUGGUCCUGGCUAACAAUUGUUAUGGGAGUUAGUUUUCUAGUGCUGUUAUUGACAACAAGGCAAAUUAGCAUCAGGAAACCGAAACUCUUUUGGGUUUCGGCCGCUGCCCCAUUAGCAUCAGUCAUUCUGUCUACCAUUCUCAUCGUCUGCCUCAAAUCCAAGGUUCAUGGGAUUCAAACAAUUGGACACUUGCCAAAGGGUCUAAAUCCCCCGUCGUUGAACAUGCUGUAUUUUCAUGGCCCUCAUCUGGCUCUUUCAAUGAAAACCGGUAUUGUAACCGGAAUACUGUCUCUCACAGAAGGGAUUGCAGUGGGGAGAACAUUUGCGACUCUAAAGAACUACCAAGUUGAUGGAAAUAAAGAAAUGAUGGCUAUCGGCCUAAUGAACAUGGCCGGAUCUUGUUCAUCAUGCUAUGUCACAACUGGAUCAUUUUCACGAUCUGCUGUGAACUAUAAUGCUGGAGCACAAACUGUAGUUUCCAAUAAAAUAAUGGCGACAGCUGUGCUUGUGACUUUGUUGUUCCUCAUGCCACUGUUCUAUUACACUCCCAGUUUCAUCCUAGCAGCAAUUAUCAUAACUGCUGUCAUUGGCCUAAUCGAUUAUUGGGCUGCUAUUCGUCUAUGGAAAGUCGACAAACUUGAUUUCUUAGCUUGUAUGUGUUCCUUUCUCGGAGUUCUCUUCAUUUCCGUGCCUCUUGGUCUUGCUAUAGCAAUUGGAGUUUCAAUUUUCAAGAUUCUCUUGCACAUUACAAGGCCAAACACAGCCGUGUUGGGGAACAUUCCCAGUACUCAAAUAUAUCAAAACCUUAACCGAUACAGAGAAGCUGUUAGAGUACCAUCUUUCCUUAUACUUUCAGUUGAGGCUCCUAUUUACUUCGCAAAUUCUACUUACAUACAAGAAAGGAUAUUAAGAUGGAUUAGAGAAGAGGAAGAAUGGAUCGAAACCAACAACAGAAACAGUAUAAAAUGUGUUAUUUUGGAUAUGACAGCUGUGACAGCAAUAGACACAAGUGGUAUCGAUACAAUUAAAGAACUAAGAAAACUACUGGAGAAAAGAUCCCUCAAGUUUGUGUUAGCAAAUCCUGUUGGAAGUGUAAUGGAAAAGCUGCAUCAAUCAAAUAUCUUGGAGUCUUUUGGUUUGGAAGGAUUAUAUCUUACAGUUGGAGAAGCUGUGGCAGACAUAUCAUCUCUGUGGAAGGCUCAACCCUAAACUGUGUGUUUGUUAUGCAGUACUCGAUGUCAAAUACUACUUCUCGGAAAAUUUAGAUCAUAGAGAGAGCUUUUCUUUUCUUUUCUUUCUUUUUUCUUUUUAAAUCUGAGAAGUCAGUGUCAUUUGUUGUAUUAUGUGCAGUAAGUGUAAAAUGAACACUUGAAGAAAAGAUUUGUAAUACAAUGUCACAAGUGUUCAAAUUCAAGUCCAAUCUAAGAUUUUUCUCUGCA